GCCAUGUCACUUGUCGGAUAUUUUACAAUGAAGGACACGUGUUUUGUUUUGCCUCCACGACUUCCGUAGUCGAGACUUUCCUGCCUUGUUUUGACCUUUUAACACACAAUGUUACCACUUUAUUCCUGACAUUUCUUACGCUAUGGCGGGGGACGAGCUCGCUGCAUUCCGGGACCGUUGGAAACGUGAGCUGUGGAGUAAAAAAGAGGAGCAGCGGGUCGUUCCCACUGGGCCCUCGACGAAAAGGAGUCAUGCCGGGGACGAAAAUAAUGACGCGAGUCGAGGUAAAAGCGAAAUAAAAUCCGAGAGUAGUGUUGGAGUGGAGGAGGCCUGUUACGUGUCCAUCGCCAAGGGGUUGCUAGGCGGCAGGACGAGUCCACUUUUGGACAGACUCGAGGAGGAGAAGAGCAAGAGGAAAAGGAAGUACCAGGAUGAGCUCGCCGCCUACAGGGGGUCCCUAAAGAAUCCUCAGAGCAAAGCCAAGAAAGAAGAGCAGUUGGUGGAUCAACUUAUUCUGGAUCUGAAUGAGGCAAGCGACGUCCCUUUCUUUGACAUGGAGUUGCCAUAUGAGUUAGCACUGAAGAUAUUCCGAUACCUCAACCGAACUGAGCUCGGCCGAUGUGCUCAGGUGAGCAAGGCGUGGCGAGCUCUGGCUGAGGACAGUGUCCUGUGGUACAGGCUGUGUGCGCGGGAAGGCCACCGGCGCGGCGCCGCCAUGUUUGACUCACCCUGCUGGAAGGCCACCCUGCGAGAUUGCCGCAAUGCAGCGGCCAACGUGCGUACCAACUGGAAGAAUCGUGUUGGCUCUAUCAGUAAGCUGCAGUUCGAGCUGGGAAAGGUGCUGUGUGACGUCAGCUCCUGUGACAACUAUGUCGUGGCGGGGUACUCAUCAGGUGAUGUGAGGCUGUGGGACAGGUUGCACUGGGACCUGCCGUCGUCCUACCUAAAGUCUAACCGGCUGUCCGCUCUCUGCGAGCCCCGAGCGCAUGUCGCUCAUGUGCAGGUCGCCGGUAACGUCGCCGCAGCUGCCUACCGGGACGGUUGUGUAGACAUCUGGAGCACGCAGUCAGGCGGCGAGCCCAUUUACCACCACCAGAUGGCAGGGAGCCAACGAGCCUUGGCCCUCAGCCUGGAAGGCUCCAUUCUGGCUUCUGCAGCUGACUGUGACGUCCGACUAGAUGGUGCCAACGACUGUGGUGCAUGGAGGAUGCUGUCUCUGACUCGCCUCCCUAAGCCUGUCCACAGUUUGGUGUUGGUGCCUGGCAGCAGGGCGCGGCGGCGAGCGGUUACCGCAGUGGUGGCCGGGGACUCUGUGUACCUGCUGGAUGAAGAAGAACAGGAAGACCUAACGACUCUCCACUCGGUGUAUGGACACCCUGUCACUUGCUUGGAUGCCUCCGAGCGUCAUGUAGCACUAGGGGUGAAGCAUGGCAGCUGGGCCAUGCAUGACGGCGGCAACAAGCUGGAGCCUAUACCACCUGUCAAUGGGCAGGAGAUGUGGGAGGAAACCGGAGUUCCUGGAGGAAACUCACGCAGGCAUGGGGAGAACAUGCAAACUCCAAACAGCCAGGGCCGGGAUCGAACCCUGGACCUCAGAACUAUCCAUGUGUACAGCUUGGAGACAGGCAAGCCGGUGGCCUUUGUCGGGGACUCGCCAGGAGACUUCACCUGUAUUCGUCUCCACGACGACAAUGCCCCGCACAUGAUGGUGUGCGGGAACAAUGACAGGCGGGUGCGUGUCUUUGAUCUGCGCACGGGCUCAUGUGUGUGUUCGUUGUACGCACACCAGCUGGGUGUGACGUCGGUGCGCAUGGACGACUGGAAGGUGGUGAGCGGAGGUGGUGAGGGGCUGGUGUGCGUGUGGGAAAUGAGGAUGGGAACCAAGUUGUGGGAGAUGCACAACAGACAUCCCGUGAGGCACGUGCAUUUCGACAGCCGCACGCUCCUGACGGCCAACAUCCCUGACGACAAGACGCCGCGGGGGGCGUGCAUCACCGAUGACGACCUUACGGCUCACCGCAGGCACCGAGGAAUCAUCUGCCACUACGACUUCUCGGAGGAAGCCAGCACCCCAGAUGGCGUACUCCCAAUCUGCCGCUCCAACUACAACCAAUCUCACGGCUACAACUACAACAUUGCGCUCGCCGUACCGUAUGACCGCCUCAGGUGACCGCUCACCAGCGGUACCCAGUCUUUUAGGAUUCCGCUUCGACAAGUUCUCAUCCGGGGUAUGUGCCUUCAACUGCCACACGAUUAGGGACAGACCCAGUCCCAUUUACGCAACGGCUGAGUGUUAAUAUCUGGUGUUCAUUAGAGGUUAGGUGUUCGUUAGAGAGGCCCGAGUAAUGUCAAUGAAAAUUUUAAACGUAAUUAAAAUAAUGUAUUGAUAUCCAACAAAACCAAAUUCCUCCCCAAAUGGUUCUUUUCAUAUAAAACACACAAAAAUAAAAAAGAAAAGGUUUGUUGUCUUUAUUUGUCACAAAUAAAGAUAAAAAACUUUGGUGAUAAAUUGUUUGUGUUUUGAAAUUAUUCACAACACACAGUGUGUCCCAAAAUAUGUAUAGACACUUUAAAUAAUUGUAAACUUGAUGUUUAUUAUAAUUCAAAUAAUUUUCAACAUGUAAAAGGAUUUCCAAAUAUUAUUUAAAGUGUGUAUACCUUGUAUGUGUUUGUUACAUAUUUUAAUGCAAAUUUAGUGGAAGAUAACUGCUCAAAUUAGUUGCACAAAUAAUAAUAAAGUAAUCAUUUUUUA